UUAAAGACAGCAGAUCACAUGCGUGGAACUGGAUGUUGCUCAAGCAAAUAAAAUAUCUGUGCAACAUAUCUGUUUCAUGUAAUCGAGCAGGAAAAGGUCUGCCAGAAUCCAUCCGCCUCCUGGCCUGCAGGGAGAACAGAAACAUGAGCACAGCAGGAAAAGUAAUAAAAUGCAAAGCAGCUGUGCUAUGGGAGAUAAAGAAACCCUUUUCCAUUGAGGAGGUGGAGGUAGCAGCCCCUAAGGCUCAUGAAGUCCGUAUAAAGAUGGUGGCCACAGGAGUCUGUCGGUCAGAUGACCACGUGGUUAGUGGAAACUUCGCCACACCUCUUCCUGUGAUCGCAGGCCAUGAGGCAGCCGGCAUUGUGGAGAGCAUUGGAGAAGGGGUGACUACAGUAAAGCCAGGUGAUAAAGUCAUCCCACUCUUUACUCCCCAGUGUGGAAAAUGCAAUGUUUGUAAACAUCCGGAAGGCAACUUCUGUGUGAAAAAUGAUCUGAGCAUGCCUCGUGGGACCAUGCAGGAUGGUACCACCAGGUUCACCUGCAAAGGGAAGUCCAUCAACCACUUCCUUAGCACCAGCACCUUCUCCCAGUACACAGUGGUGGACGAGAUCUCAGUGGUCAAAAUUGAUGCAGCUGCACCACUAGAUAAAGUCUGUCUGAUUGGCUGUGGAUUCACAACUGGCUAUGGGUCUGCAGUCAAAGUUGCCAAGGUGACCCCAGGCUCCACCUGUGUGGUGUUUGGCCUUGGAGGAGUUGGCCUGUCGGUUGUCAUGGGCUGUAAAGCAGCUGGAGCAGCCAGGAUCAUUGGGGUGGACAUCAACAAAGACAAAUAUGCGAAGGCAAAGCAAUUGGGCGCCACUGAGUGCAUCAGCCCACAGGAUUUCAAGAAACCCAUCCACGAGGUGCUGAAGGAAAUGAGCGGUGGAGGUGUGGAUUUUUCAUUUGAAGUCAUUGGUCGGCUUGACACCAUGGAGGCUGCCUUGGCAAGCUGUCAUGAGGCAUAUGGUGUAAGCGUCAUUGUAGGAGUACCUCCUGAUUCCCAAAAUCUCUCCAUGAACCCCAUGCUGCUAUUGAGUGGGCGUACCUGGAAAGGAGCAGUUUUUGGUGGCUUUAAGAGUAAAGAUUCCGUCCCCAAACUUGUGACUGACUUUAUGGCUAAGAAGUUUUCAUUGGAUCCAUUAAUAACCCAUGUUUUACCUUUUGAAAAAAUAAAUGAAGCAUUUGACCUGCUUCGUUCUGGAAAGAGUAUCCGCACUGUCCUGACAUUUUGAGAUCAUACAAAGGCUUUCACUUGUAGCUGUCUUCUGGCUCCUUCAUCAUCUGGCACAUCAGACAAACAA